UACUUGCUAUACCAUUCCAUGGGAUUGUAGGGCGUGCGAUGACAUACAUUUCGCAUGUACUCGACGUGGGCUAUUAGAAAAGUCCGUUUUUGCCUUGGCUCCAGCACUUUUGAAACAGACGAAAACCCUCUGGUAUUUUUGCUGGAAAAACACUUUUUCUGAAUGUGCUUGAGUAGAGGUAUCUUUUCGCAUUCUGUAAAAUUUUGCAUAUUCUUCCAGAACAACAUAUUUACAAAAUUCUGUAUUGUAUUAGUUCGACUAAUGCAGAAUGUUGCGAAUAGUUUGUUUUAAUACAAAAUUUUAUGAUAUAAAUAAUAUAAAUUUAAUAUAAAUAUUUGUAAUAUUUUGUUCUAGAAGGAUAUGCAAAAUUUUGUAGAAUUUCCUUUUGAAACCAUUUUUUACGUUAGGCCACUUAUGUUUUUGCAGUUUCUACAUGGAUAUUCUAUCAGUAAAACAUUCCAUACGUUUCACCUGUUGGUGCAUUGUGUAAUCUUUUAUUUCUUAAGGGGGUGCAGAUAUUUAUACUCUACUGUCCUUGCUCUAUUGUAAUCUUCUGCUUUCAAAAGUUCUUAUCUUAUUCUUGCUUGUUCUAACAGUCACACAAAACACAAAGAAAAAUGACAAAACAACCGUUACCUGACCGUUUUACAUUGUAUUAAUGUGUUAAAGUGAACACACUGUUCUCAAGUUGUAAAAUUCCAUUUUCUGUUUAGAAAAAGUGCUGUUUGUUCGCUUAAAAUCAUUUUGGGUGUGUUCAGAUGAAUUUUCUCACUUUCCCACCUAGAAUAAAUUUGUAGUUAUAUAAAAAUGACAAAUGCUGACCAGACUACCACUGUCGAUAAUGAUAGGCCAGAAAGAUCAUUGGCAAAUGGUAGUUUGAUUUAAUUUUCUUUUUUAGCCUUUUCUAUUUUUCAUUCUUUUACAGGUUCAACAAAAUUUGAUGAAGAUGGUUUAUCAUUUAAAGCAAAACUAAUUGGUAUUGAGGAUGUACCAAAAGAUCGCGAUGAAAAAGUUUGUCUAGAUUCGAUGUUUAAAUUAAAAGCCGUUGCUAAAGCCCUUGCUAAUGCGAGAGGUGAACAUAAACAAAAAAUUGAAAUAAAUUUAACAUUGCUUGGCGUCAAAUUGUACGAAGAAUCGACGAAAAAACUUAUAAUCUCCCAUGAAAUCGAACGAAUAUCAUUUGUGGUCACCGAUCCAAAAGAUUCGCGAGCAUUUGGAUAUAUUUACAAUACAAGGGAUGAUCAACACCGAUUUUACGCAAUGAAAAUGGAACGACCGGCUGCCUUGAUUGUAGUAUUACUAAAAGAGUUGUUCGACACAGCGUUUGAACAGUUUAAGAAUAACACUGAAACAGCGAUCGUACCCAAGCAGAACACCCGUAACACCAACAAUAACAUCGCAACCGGCUCUACUUUAACCAGUGCAGAAAGCUCGUCGAUUGUACCAAAGCCUACAGCUACCACGUCAGCUGACAAAAUGAAAGCUGAGCCUGUUCCAGCCAGUACUACGAUCAGUCCUUUUUAUAUUGCUUGUCGAAAUAAUAACGUUGAAUUAGUCAAAGAACUUCUUAAAACAAUGACAUCGGCGGCCAUCAGCAGAAUUGAGCCGAAUGGCUCAACAGCACUUCAUAUUGCUUCCUAUAAAGGUCAUAAAGAAAUCGUUGAACUGCUUCUACAAAAAGGCGCAAAUCAUGCAAUAAUUAACAAAUAUAACUGUACACCAUUACAAGAAGCAAAAACAGAUGAAAUUAAACAAUUGAUCAUCACUCGUCGAAAAAACACACGUUUUUGUUGUGAAAUGGUUGAAUGGAUUCUAGCCACAAAUGAUGCUGAUUAUCAAGCACAUGAAUACUGGAAAAAGCUGGAACUGUAUGUUAAAGAUCCUAAGUUUUAUCAGUUCAUCCGUCAUAUAAAACGGCAUUAUAUUGAGAAAGAGUUAAAAGACAUUGACGGUAUCGACACCAUCAGACAAUAUUUUGAUCGUGCACUUACGGAAGAUGAUCCUCUCUAUUUGAUUAAAGCAUAUACAGCUGAUACUGGUUUCUACUAUGCACUCAAUGCCCACCUUGCUCAAUUACAUCUUGACAAUUUAACAGCUGAGGACAACCUCAGUCGAGCGUAUCUUAUCGCUAUCAUAGCUCGUCAUCCAAAGUUUGAUA